CUGUACCUUGCAUUAGCAAAUGGGAUGCGAGGGAAGUGGGUAUGUGAAGAUAUCGAUAGGGUCCCAUCUUGGGGAAAAUCCAUCCAGCCAAAAAUAUAGCCUUCUUCAGUCCGUGUAUGUGAACUUAUCUUCAGACACUACGAGGCAUGUGUGAUCGGAAGGGCGGGGUGGCAAUAAGUAAGUCCGAGGCAUGAGAACGAGUCUUCCGGGUACUUGUCGAGUUCGGAGCCAUGGAGGAAAGGAACGUCGUUCCCUGGAACUUUUUAUUUGAAGGGUGCACGCAUGCCCGGGACAAUGGGAUGGCCGGAAAACAUACCAUGUACCGUCCAAGUAUUACCCGGGUGUUGUGAUUUGACCGAAUUGCAAACCUUCCUGCUGCUGAAAUACCUUGAAACGUUGAAGACUGGUACCUUUUGUUCGAGGAGACUGGUUGCUAGAGCUGGCGGUACUGUACCAAAUAAGCGAGAACUUGAAAUGAAUUGA